GUUUUAUUCUAUAUUUUGAACUCAUUGGAUAAAGUUAAAAAUUACGAAAAAUGAAGUUCUUGGUUGUCUUGGCAUUGUUUGUGACAAUUGUCUACGCUCUUCCAGUUGAUGAAAUUGGACAAAAUCAAGAGAUUAAGGAAGCACCUGUGGCUCUUGUUGAUUUUAAAGACGAACGUUUAAAUGGUGAAGGAUUUGAUGUUUUGCGUCCCAAACGUCAACUUGGUGGAUUUGGAUUCCCAGGAGGGUACGGUGGAUACGGUGGAUAUGGAGGUGGAUUUGGUGGCUAUGGAAGAGGAUAUGGAGGAUAUGGAGGAUAUGGCGGUUAUGGAGGGUAUGGAGGAUAUGGAGGACAUCAUCAUCAUGGUCACUGGGGGAAAUAAUCUUCUCAAUUUUAACAUUUAUUAUCAAAAAAUGUUUACAAUUUAAAUGAUUAAUAAAAAUUUUGUAUUUCC